CUGUCUUUCACCUGUCCUCCUCCAUCCAUCCAUUGUCUGCCUGCUGCUCCCUCCCCUCCAUCGGUGCUUCCACCAUCACCUCCCCCCUUCCUCAUUCGCCAUCCUAGCUAUGACCGGCAUGCAGCAUGAAGUCCUUUUCGAGUUCGGUCAUUAAUAAAUCGGGCAAGAAGUUUGCCCCUAAGGCGCCUGCCCGUCGCCCUCCAGCUCCCGCACCCCCGAGGAGGCCCAGUGUCGCCUCACAGCCAUCUGCUUCUCAAACUCCCCAGCCCCCGACCGAGACGGCAACCCCCGAACCCGGUCCUCCUGCGUCCGCAACUCAACCCUCCGCUCCCACUGAGUCCACAGUCCCAGACGAGCCGGCAAUUUCCCCCAAGGACAAUGCUGUGGUAGCUCCGUCUGCGACAGCCAUUCCAAUUCCUCGUCCCAAGCGGAAAGCUUCGGUCUCUGCAGUCUCUCCUGGGACCAUAGAACAGAUCUCGACCCCGCCUCAACCUACCCCGCCCACUGCGCCCGAAACUCAAGUCGAGCAGGCACAUGCUGCUGCAACAGAUGCCGACGCAUCUGCGUCUCUAAUUCAAGCGCCUCGCGCUGCUAACGAUGCAACAGUGAUUCGUCCAUCCAAGCGUCCCAAGACCACCAGAGAAUCUAUCACCGUCCCCAAUGAUGCCGCUCCCGCUCUCCCCGCUGCCCCGACUACCGCAACUACGCGCACUACGGAGCCCGUGCCGAUAGACGCCAAUCCCCAGCUCGUUACUCCUCCGGCUACGCAGGCAGCACUCACUGAUAGCGAAGGGACCACAGAAAGUCGGGCUAGAGCUGAAUCGCAAACCACAACCACCGAGCAGGCGCGAAAGCCGACAAAGACGCGGAGGAGGUCGGUAAAGGAUGUCAAUGGCGAAAGUACGGCAAAGAAGAAGGAAAGGAAGCCUCGGACACGCAAGAAGCGCGAGCCCACCCCCGAAGGUGCCGAAAGUGUAGAGAUCGCCCCCGCAAUUGUCAAAAUGUCGGAGCUAUGCAAGGAUAUGCGAACGGGAAAGAUGUCCAGGCGGGAGACCGAGCUGCGCAACAUGGAACAGGCCGAGCUGGAGCGCAAGCAAAAGGCGCAACAAGAAGGCGAUACAGAAGCACCGGUCAAGGAAAAUGGAAAUGACGCAUCGCCGGCAGGGAAUUUAAACGACACCGCGGACGACAAGGCCCAGGCCGGACCAGCCGGACCAGUGAUGAGGAUCGUGAACGGAGAAAUCGUGCUCGAUACUGCUUCGUUGCAGGUGGAUCGCCACGCCGAUGCGGCGAGGAACGCCGGGGAACUGGAGGAUGUGGUUGAAAACUCGCUUACUCGGAAGAUCAAUCAGGCUACAUACGGAAAACGCUCCAAGACGGAGUCCUGGGACGAGGAAAUGACGGAUCUUUUCUAUCGGGGCUUGCGCAUGUUUGGCACGGAUUUCAUGAUGAUCAGCAAAUUAUUCCCGGGCCGCUCCAGACGGCAGAUCAAGCUGAAGUUUAACAAUGAAGAACGUCGUGACCCCAUGCGUAUCAAGGACACGCUUCUGGGCCCGCGCGAGACGAUUGACAUCACCACCUACUCGGAGAUGACCAACACAGUCUACGACGAUCCCCGGCUGAUCCAGCAAGAACUGGAUGAGGAAAAGAAGCGGAUUGAGGCGCAACAUGCGAAGGAAAAGGAGGCACAGGAAGAGAUGCUUCGCAACCCGGAUGGGGCGGAUGGUGCCAACGCCAAUCAGGGCGGUGAUGUACCCGCCAGGGUGAAGCGGAACAACAGAAGGCAAGCCAUGAAAGCCAUGGCCGGAGGAACUGAAGAGGUUUUGGGCACAAUUGACGAUAUUCCUUGAGUAUACAGGAUUGACAUGUCCUUUUACGGCCGAUUUCAAUGCCAUGCAGGGGUACAGGCGUUUUUGGCGUUCCGUCCAGACCAGUGAUACUGGCUGGCGCAGGAGUUCAGUUGGAUCUCUGUUCGUCUUUGUUUUACCCUAGUGAUGAUGAUGAUAAUGUUGUUGUCCCCUCUGCGUGUUGCAUAUGCAGCAAGCAUGUCUGCAGGGGAUGUGAGACGCUUGAUCUUACUACAUGUACCUUAGUUCUCGACCUGACCAGCGAAAAGAACGAAGGCCUUAAUAACCAAGUCAAUUUGGAGG